AUGUCAUCUCGAGGACCUCGAGCUGCUGGUACGGAUGGUACUGACUAUAGACAUCGGCAACAAGUUGCUGUUCAUUAUCAGAUAAGGUAUACUGAUUAUCCAGAUUACUCGUAUCAUUUUAAAAUGUGGGUUAAAAAAAUUGUCCAGUAUAAAUGGUAUCUGAAGUGGUUAUUUGUCAUUCAUGGUUUUGUGCUCCUAGCGAUGUGGACUAAAAUUUUUGGUGAAUUCUUGGUUAGGCAUACUAGGAUUAAAUGGCAGUCAUUCAGUUCUUUGGACCUUCCCAGUGCUUAUCCGUGGGAGUACGUGUGGUCGCUAUCAUUCAUACCGAUUAUUUUUGCCCUUUGUUCUUUCAGCAGAAAUCGGGGAAAAAUUCUGCAGUAUCAUUAUUAUGGACAGUUCUUAUUUGGUAUUAUGCCGUGUGCAGUUGGUAUUGGGAGUCAGUUUCCGGAACUGUUAGAUUAUAUUUUUAAUAGAGAAAAUAGUGACACCCCGACUUUUAAUGGAACAUUUCCUAUGGUCAUCUUGUGGUACGUGUUCUUUCUUGUCGCUUUCCAAAUACAUGGUUUGGCUAUGUAUUUUUCAUAUCAGCUGACAGCAGCUUGGAUGCCUCCGAAGAAAACAGACUAA